AUGAGGGCGAUUAUGUGUUCAACCAACUGUUGGGAUCUUUCUUUUAAUUACAAUGUUAUUCCAAAAGAGACCAUAGUAUAUACAGUAGAAGAGACUGCGACCACAACAGAAACAGUAGGAGAGACAGAAACCAUAGCAGAUAACGUAACAGAGACUGCAACCACAAUAGACAGAGAAGAAGAAACUGCAACCACAGGAAGCUCGGUAGGAGAGACUGCAACCAUUCUAGUUACUGAAGAAGAAACCACGGGAACCACACUAGAAGACACUCCAACCACUGCAGAUACAGUAUCAUGGACUAAAACAACAACAGAAACAAUCGGAGAAACCGCAACCAUUGUAGUUACUGAAGAAGAGACCAUGGGAACCACACUAGAAGACAUGGCAACCACCGAAGAUACAGUAACAGAGACUGCUACCACAGUGGACAGGAUAGGAAAAACUGCAACCACAUCAGGCUCGGUAGGAGAGACGGAAACCAUUUUAGUUACUGAAGAAGAAACCACGGGAAUCACACUAGAAGACACUGCAACCACUGCAGAUACAGUAUCGGAGACUAAAACAACAACAGAAACAAUCGGAGAAACUGCAACCAUUGUAGUUACUGAAGAAGAGACCACGGGAACCACACUAGAAGAGACUGCAACCACCGAAGAUACAGUAUCAUGGACUAAAACAACAACAGAAACAAUCGGAGAAACUGCAACCAUUGUAGUUACUGAAGAAGAGACCAUGGGAACCACACUAGAAGACAUGGCAACCACCGAAGAUACAGUAACAGAGACUGCUACCACAGUGGACAGGAUAGGAGAAACUGCAACCACAUCAGGCUCGGUAGGAGAGACGGAAACCAUUUUAGUUACUGAAGAAGAAACCACGGGAAUCACACUAGAAGACACUGCAACCACUGCAGAUACAGUAUCGGAGACUAAAACAACAACAGAAACAAUCGGAGAAACUGCAACCAUUGUAGUUACUGAAGAAGAGACCACGGGAACCACACUAGAAGAGACUGCAACCACCGAAGAUAAAAUAACAGAGACUGCAACCACAGUGGACAGGAUAGGAGAAACUGAAAACAUUGUAGUUACUGAAGAAGAAACCACUGGAAUCACACUAGAAGACUCUGCAACCACUGCACAUACAGUAUCGGAGACUAAAACAAUAACAAAAACAAUCGGAGAGACUGCAACCAUUGUAGUUACUGAAGAAGAGACCACGGGAACCACACUAGAAGAUAUGGCAACCACCGAAGAUAGAGUAACAGAAACUGCUACCACAGUGGACAGGAUAGGAGAAACUGCAACCACACAAAGCUCGGUAGGAGAGACGGAAACCAUUGUAGUUACUGAAGAAGAGACCACUGGAAUCACACUAGAAGACACUGCAACCACUGCAGAUACAGUAACAGAGACUGCUACCACAGAGGCUAGAACUACCGCAGAUAAAGAAACAGAGAUUCCUACCACAGAGGACAGGGUAGGAGAAACUGCAACCAUUGUUGUUACUGAAGUAGAAACCACGGGAACCACAGUGGGAGAGGCUAGAACCACUGCAGAUACAGUAACAGAGACUGCUACCACAGUGGACAGGGUAGGAGAAACUGCAACCAUUGUUGUUACUGAAGAAGAAACCACGGGAACUACGGUGGGAGAGGCUAGAAUCACCGCAAAUACAGAAACAGAGACUGCUACCACAGAAGACAGGGUAGGAGAAACUGCAACCAUUGUUGUUACUGAAGUAGAAACCACGGGAACCACAGUGGGAGAGGCUAGAACCACUGCAGAUACAGAAACAGAGAUUGCUACCACAGAGGACAGGGUAGGAGAAACUGCAACCAUUGUUGUUACUGAAGUAGAAACCACGAGAACCACAGUGGGAGAAGCUAGAACCACCGCAGAUACAGUAACAGAGACUGCUACCACAGAGGACAGGGUAGGAGAAACUGCAACCAUUGUUGUUACUGAAGAAGAAACCACGGGAACCACAGUGGGAGAGGCUAGAACCACCGCAUAUACAGAAACAGAGACUGCUACCACAGAGGACAGGGUAGGAGAAACUGCAACCAUUGUUGUUACUGAAGAAGAAACCACGGGAACCACAGUGGGAGAGGCUAGAAUCACCACAGAUACAGUAACAGAGACUGCUACCACAGAGGACAGGGUAGGAGAAACUGCAACAAUUGUAGUUACUGAAGAAGAAACCACGGGAACCACAGUGGGAGAGGCUAGAGCCACCGCAUAUACAGAAACAGAGACUGCUACCACAGAGGACAGGGUAGGAGAAACUGCAACAAUUGUAGUUACUGAAGAAGAAACCACGGGAACCACAGUUAGAGAGGCUAGAACCACCGCAGUUACAGUAACAGAGACUGCUACCACAGAGGACAGGGUAGGAGAAACUGCAACCAUUGUUGUUACUGAAGUAGAAACCACGGGAACCACAGUGGGAGAGGCUAGAACCACUGCAGAUACAAAAAAAACAGAGAUUCCUACCACAGAGGACAGGGUAGGAGAAACUGCAACCAUUGUUGUUACUGAAGUAGAAACUACGGGAACCACAGUGGGAGAGGCUAGAACCACUGCAGAUACAGAAACAGAGAUUGCUACCACAGAGGACAGGGUAGGAGAAACUGCAACCAUUGUUGUUACUGAAGAAGAAACCACGGGAACCACAGUGGGAGAAGCUAGAACCACCGCAGAUACAGUAACAGAGACUGCUACCACAGAGGACAGGGUAGGAGAAACUGCAACCAUUGUUGUUACUGAAGAAGAAACCACGGGAACCACAGUGGGAGAGGCUAGAACCACCGCAUAUACAGAAACAGAGACUGCUACCACAGAGGACAGGGUAGGAGAAACUGCAACCAUUGUUGUUACUGAAGAAGAAACCACGGGAACCACAGUGGGAGAGGCUAGAACCAGCGCAGAUACAGUAACAGAGACUGCUACCACAGAGGACAGGGUAGGAGAAACUGCAACCAUUGUUGUUACUGAAGAAGAAACCACGGGAACCACAGUAGGAGAGGCUAGAAUCACCACAGAUACAGUAACAGAGACUGCUACCACAGAGGACAGGGUAGGAGAAACUGCAACAAUUGUAGUUACUGAAGAAGAAACCACGGGAACCACAGUGGGAGAGGCUAGAACCACCGCAUAUACAGAAACAGAGACUGCUACCACAGAGGACAGGGUAGGAGAAACUGCAACAAUUGUAGUUACUGAAGAAGAAACCACGGGAACCACAGUUAGAGAGGCUAGAACCACCGCAGUUACAGUAACAGAGACUGCUACCACAGAGGACAGGGUAGGAGAAACUGCAACCAUUGUUGUUACUGAAGUAGAAACCACGAGAACCACAGUUGGAGAGGCUAGAACCACCGCAUAUACAGAAACAGAGACUGCUACCACAGAGGACAGGGUAGGAGAAACUGCAACCAUUGUUGUUACUGAAGAAGAAACCACGGGAACCACAGUGGGAGAGGCUAGAACCAGCGCAGAUACAGUAACAGAGACUGCUACCACAGAGGACAGGGUAGGAGAAACUGCAACCAUUGUUGUUACUGAAGAAGAAACCACGGGAACCACAGUAGGAGAGGCUAGAAUCACCACAGAUACAGUAACAGAGACUGCUACCACAGAGGACAGGGUAGGAGAAACUGCAACAAUUGUAGUUACUGAAGAAGAAACCACGGGAACCACAGUGGGAGAGGCUAGAACCACCGCAUAUACAGAAACAGAGACUGCUACCACAGAGGACAGGGUAGGAGAAACUGCAACAAUUGUAGUUACUGAAGAAGAAACCACGGGAACCACAGUUAGAGAGGCUAGAACCACCGCAGUUACAGUAACAGAGACUGCUACCACAGAGGACAGGGUAGGAGAAACUGCAACCAUUGUUGUUACUGAAGUAGAAACCACGAGAACCACAGUGGGAGAGGCUAGAACCACUGCAGACACAGAAACAGAGAUUCCUACCACAGAGGACAGGGUAGGAGAAACUGCAACCAUUGUUGUUACUGAAAAAGAAACCACGGGAACCACAGUGGGAGAGGCUAGAACCACCACAGAUACAGUAACAGAGACUGCUACCACAGAGGACAGGGCAGGAGAAACUGCAACAAUUGUAGUUACUGAAGAAGAAACCACGAGAACCACAGUGGGAGAGGCUAGAACCACCGCAGUUACAGUAACAGAGUCUGCUACCACAGAGGACAGGGUAAGAGAAACUGCAACAAUUGUAGUUACUGAAGAAGAAACCACGGGAAUUACAGUGGGGGAGACUAGAACCACUGCAGAAACGGAAACAGAGAUUGGUACCACAUUGGACGGGAUAGGAAAAACUGCAACAAUUGUAGUUACUGAAGAAGAAACCACGAGAACCACUGUGGGAGAGGCUAGAACCACCACAUAUACAGAAACUGCUACCACAGAGGACAGGGUUGGAGAAACUGCAACCAUUGUCGUUACUGAAGAAGAAACCACGGGAACCACAGUAGGAGAGGCUAGAACCACCGCAGAUACAGUAACAGAGGCUGCUACCACAGAGGACAGGGUAGGAGAAACUGCAACCAUUGUUGUUACUGAAGUAGAAACCACGGAAACCACAGUGGGAGGGGCUAGAACCACCGCAGAUACAGUAAGAGAGACUGCUACCACAGAGGACAGGGUAGGAGAAACUGCAACCAUUGUUGUUACUGAAGAAGAAACCACGGGAACCACAGUGGGAGAGGCUAGAACCACCGCAGAUACAGUAACAGCGAUUACUACCACAGUGUACAGGGUAGGAGAAACUGCAACCAUUGUUGUUACUGAAGAAGAAACCACGGGAACCACAGUGGGAGAGGCUAGAACCACCACAGAUACAGUAACAGAGACUGCUACCACGGAGGACAGGGUAGGAGAAACUGCAACCAUUGUUGUUACUGAAGAAGAAACCACGGGAACCACAGUGGGAGAGGCUAGAACCACCGCAGAUACAGUAACAGAGACUGCUACCACGGAGGACAGGGUAGGAGAAACUGCAACCAUUGUUGUUACUGAAGUAGAAACCACGAGAACCACAGUUGGAGAGGCUAGAAUCACCGCAGAUACAGUAUCAGAGAUUGCUACCACUGUAGACAGGGUACGAGAAACUUCAACCAUUGUUGUUACUGAAGAAGAAACCACGGGAACCACAGUGGGAGAGGCUAGAACCACCGCAGAUACAGUAACAGAGGCUGCUACCACAGAGGACAGGGCAGGAGAAACUGCAACUAUUGUUGUUACUGAAGAAGAAACCACGGGAAUCACCGUGGGAGAGGCUAGAACCACCGCAGAUACAGUAACAGAGGCUGCUACCACAAAGGACAGGGCAGGAGAAACUGCAACUAUUGUUGUUACUGAAGAAGAAACUACGGGAAUCACCGUGGGAGAGGCUAGAACCACCGCAGAUACAGUAACAGAGAUUGCUACCACAGUGGGCAGGGUAGGAGAAACUGCAACCAUUGCUGUUACUGAAGUAGAAACCACGGGAACCACAGUGGGAGAGGCUAGAACCACUGCAGAUACAGUAACAGAGACUGCUACCACAGAGGACAGGGUAGGAGAAACUGCAACCAUUGUAGUUACUGAAGAAGAAACCACGGGAACCACAGUGGGAGAGGCUAGAACCACCGCAGAUACAGUAACAGAGAUUGCUACAACAGAGGGCAGGGUAGGAGAAACUGCAACCAUUGUUGUUACUGAAGAAGAAACCACGGGAACCACAGUGGGAGAGGUUAGAACCACUGCAGAUACAGUAAGAGAGACUGCUACCACAGAGGACAGGGUAGGAGAAACUGCAACCAUUGUUGUUACUAAAGAAGAAACCACUGGAACCACAGUGGGAGAGGCUAGAACCACCACAGAUACAGUAACAGAGAUUGCUACCACAGAGGACAGGGUAGAAGAAACUGCAACCAUUGUUGUUACUGAAGAAGAAACCACGGGAACCACAGUGGGAGAGGUUAGAACCACUGCAGAUACAGUAUCAGAGACUAAAACAACAACAGAAACAAUCGGAGGGACUGCAACCAUUGUUGUUACUGUACAAGAAACCACGGGAAUUACACUAGAAGACACUGCAACCACUGCAGAUACAGUAUCAGAGACUAAAACAACAACAGAAACAAUCGGUGAGACUGCAACCAUUGUUGUUACUGUAGAUGAGACCACGGGAAUCACACUAGAAGACCCUGCAACCACUGCAGAUACAGUAACAGCGACUGCAACCACAAUCGACAUAGUAAGAGAAACUGCAACAAAACCAGAUGCAGUAACAGAUACUGCAACCACAACAUACACAGUAGGAGAAACUGCAACCACAGGAUUUACAGCAGAAAAUACUGCAUCCACUACACAAACUGUUGGAGAGACAUCAACUAAAACAGAUUCAGAAACAGAGACUGCAGCCGCAACAUACACUGUAGGAGAAACUGUAACCACAGCAGAUAACAUAAUAGCGACCGUAACCACAAGAAAAACAGCAGAAGAGACUGCUUCCACAGAAGGCAUGGUAGAAUGGACUACAAAUUCAGGACUUACUAUAGGAGAGACUGCAACCACUGGAAAUUUAGCAGAACAGACUGCUGCAACAGCAUACACAGUAGGAGGCACGGAAACCACAGCCACUGCAUUGGGAAAGACUGCAACCGCCGGAAGCACGGUAGGAGAGACUGCAACCAUAGGAGUUACUGUAGAAAGGACCACAGGAAUCAUAGCGUCUACCAUUAAAGAAGAUGGCACAACUUCUACACUAACUCCGAAACCAGUCACAUCCCUUUCAACAGACGUGGGAACCAGAAGGCCUCCGACCACUUUGACAGAUGUUACAACUACUGACAUGGCAACCACUGACAUUGAUGAGUGCUCAUCAAACACGCAUAACUGCGACACUAACGCACGAUGUAUCAACACCGAGGGGAGUUAUACGUGUGAAUGCACAGACGGAUUCGAAGGCGAUGGAUUUUCCUGCGAUGACAUCGAUGAGUGCUCAUCAAACACGCAUAACUGCGACACUAACGCACGAUGUAUCAACACCGAUGGAAGUUAUGCGUGUGAAUGCACAGACGGAUUCGAAGGCGAUGGAUUGUCCUGCGAUGACAUCGAUGAGUGCACGUCAAACAUGCAUAACUGCGACACUAACGCACGAUGUAUAAACAUCGACAGAAGUUAUACGUGUGAAUGCACAGAAGGAUUCGAAGGCGAUGGAUUUUCCUGCGAUGAGCGUAUCUACAUCGACUACGGCUCUGGACUGGACCGGUCACUGAGUUACUAUCAAUACAGCUAUCUUGCUUGGUUCACUGUAAGAGUUGAUACGGGGUUUCCUAUCAGCUCCGGUCGGCUAUACACCUACAUCACUUGCACAUCAACAGGGAUGAUCCACUUUUCGACCUACUAUCCACACCGCUAUUCACUUUUCAAAUACAUCAACCCAUCUACGUUUAGCUUCUUCGAUCAGUUCUAUGGAGACCCAGCCAUUGCGGUAUUUGGUGCCCCGGUUGACCUCUACAGGGGUAACCCUAAGAUCUACUAUCAGUAUGGAAACUCCCCUGCACUGCUUGCAGCAGUGAAAGAAAGACUGUAUGGAGCUCUGUCACUUCCGGCAGGAUUGGAGUCCUUUCAGUUCAUCAAUGGAAUCAACUUCAUUCUUAAGGUCACGUGGGUUGAUGUGCAGACUCCAGGAUCGAUCGCAGGCCAGGAGACCAAUACCUACCAAGCAAUUCUCUUUAGUGACGGCAGGAGAAGCGGUGUCUUGACGAUGUAUCAGCAAGGGAGCUUUCAGUGGAAUCCAUACUCUAAGGCUAUACCUGCUAGGAUUGGUUACAACAUCAAGCAUGAUAGACUGAAUAUCUACCAGGGAAACUACCCUGCUAUACGAUACGCAAGCUAUCGCCCCGAUCUCAGGAUCGGCAAUACCGGUCGCAUGGGGAGAGACAUCUAUCGUCUUGACGAAAAUCCAGACUGGUACGUCAACCCCCGACGUUACUGUCAAGAUUGGUACCUAGAUGAUAUAUCGAGGGCAUCAUAUGCACGAUGGGCACAGCCAUGUCCUUGCACCCGCUGGCAGGCCAGGAUCGAUCGAAGGUUUACUGGAUGCAACUAUCCCUACUACGGCUAUGGUUAUGGGUACGGCUAUGGUUACGGAUAUGGUUACGGCUCUGGGUACAAUUAUGGAUACUCAAUUGGGCUGCCGAGCUAUUACUAUGAUAGGAGAGGAACGACCUGUUACCAGCCUAGGUGGCCCUCAUUUGGUGGUGGAUACCGUUGUACGUACGAUCGGUCUGCUUUGAUCAGGGGUUAUAGAAGUCUCUGGAGGUCCAGUCACUACCAAGCAGUCAUGCCCUCCAAUCGUCGAUUCUUCUCUUAUUACUAUUAUUCCCUUAACUACUAUUAUUCUUGGAUUGAGAGGGACGUCCUUCCCCGUUUCUACUGCUGUGACCUGGCUGGUGGGAAUUUCUGUAACCUUUACGAAAGGCGUCGUCCAAGAUCUCACUGCUGGGGAUAUAGACGACCAUGGUUCGGAUGGUUUUGGGGCGACCCGCACAUCAAUACUCUUGACGGUAGGAAGUACACCUUCAAUGGUCUUGGGGAAUAUACCACGAUGUCUUACAGUCAUGGUGAUCCGUUCAUACUGCAAGCCAGAACUGGUAAGGCGUUUAACAACAGCGUUCCUGUGGAACACGGGACAGUCUUUACAGGGUUCGCUGCAACACAAGACAUCACUAGGGUCGAAUUUCAGCUGAAUGAUAACAGGACAGACAUGAGUAUUUUAGUUAAUGGUACCGCCAUUAACAUGACAGAAUUUUUAGUUGAUGGAAUCGACUCACGGGAUUCGACCUUCAUCCUUUCCGCGGAAAAUGACACUGUCUCUGAAGGUGAGAUCAAGGUCACAGCGCUCUUCCAACCAGAAGGCUAUCCCAGUUCGUCCUUCACCGUGACCUUCAAGAACGGCAUCUUAGAUCUGGGUGUCAUGGUCCCUUCUGAGUAUGCGCAGAAUGGAACCGGAAGGGGUCUGCUCGGCAAUGUGAAUGGGAAUAAAUCAGAUGAUUUUCUGCUCAGGAAUGGAACAUUGUUAAUGGAUCUGCCUGGAAGAAAUUUAACAGACAGAGAAAUAUUUCAGUUUGGACAGUCAUGGAUGAUCAGUGAAAACGAAUCGCUGUUUGAAUACGGCGAUGGCAAUUGGAGUUACUACAAUCCUAGCGACUACAAACCAAUGUUCCUAGACGAGUUGCUUGCUCUCGACCCUGACCGAACCCAGGCAGCCCGAGAGGCUUGCGGGGAGGACGAGGCGUGCCUGUUCGACUACCUCGCUGUGAGUCCAGAGAUGGGUCAACAAACUAUGACCACCGGGAACCAACUCGACAAUGACCUCCUAAACCUUGAUAAUUUUCCUCCGAACGUAACUAGUGUGGUAGAGAUAGGCGAGACAGAUGCUUUACAAGAAGGGGAGGUUCUCUUUAUGCAAGUGGGCGUGACCGUAACCUUGGAUAUUUCUGCACACGACCCUAACGAAGAAGAUGAGGUAUUCUUUACAUUCAACGAUACUGCACCAGAUGGCGCAAAUAUCAGCUCCGAUGGUAUCUUGACCUGGACACCACCUGACCUGAAUGUAUCAUCCAUCGAGAUCAUUGUGAAGGACGACCGAGGAGCAGAGACAUCGCUGUCAUACAAGGUCUUGAUAUGCCGAUGUGAGAACGAAGGCGUGUGUGACUUCGACAACCAAGCAGAGGGGCAGGAUCUAAAUGCCAACGGAUUCGCGGUAGUCACGUGCAACUGUUCUGGUGGUUGGUCAGGUGAUCAUUGUGACGUAGACUAUGAUUCAUGUGAGGGUACGCCCUGCUACCAGGGGGUUAUCUGCUUCGAUGAGCCUCCGUCUUCAGACGAAGAGUACUCAUGCGGCCCUUGUCCACCCGAGCUCUCAGGCAAUGGUACCAUUUGCUAUGAUUUCAAUGAAUGUGCUGCCAACGAUACGAAUGAAUGUGAACAGAAUUGUGAAAACAAUCUAGGUUCUUACACGUGUUCGUGUAACACGGGUUAUAUUCUUGCCCUUGAUCAACGUUCUUGUGAUGAGAUAAGUGAUUGUGAUGAAGCUCUGAGGAAUUCCACCGAAUCUGCCAACUGCACUUGCGAGCCUGGUUUUCAACUCGAAAACGGAACGUGUUCAGAUUUUGACGAAUGUGCAUCUGAUGUGGACCUAUGCCCGCGUGAAAUCUCAACCUGUAUCAACCUGCCUGGAGACUACAACUGCACCUGUCACUCCGGAUACGACAAUUCUUCCCCUAAAGAAUGUCAAGAUAUCGACGAAUGUGAAUCGGGCACGGGUGUCUGCGAGUCCAGCCUAGAUCAUGUUUGCAUGAACACACCGGGUAACUUCUCAUGCGUGUGUAGGGAGGACACAACAGAAAUCAAUGGAACCUGCCAACACGCGCUGACGUUAUCACUCAACGUUCGUCUUACAUUCAUCAGUGGAUUAAGCGUUGAAUCGUAUCCUUCUGUGGUCGAAUCGCAAGAUAACCAGCGUCAGUUAGCCCAAGAUGUCUUGCGUUACCUCAACACAUCAUCAGUAUUGGGUAACGACACACUGCAGGCUGUUUCUGUACAUAACUAUACCUUGACCGGAAAUUAUGCUCUGAUGUCCUUCCGGGUCGACGUAGAACCUGGUGCAUCCUUGGAUGAUUCCAGCCUAGAGCAGAUUUUCAUGGAAUUGCUUCCGAGAUCACGACUUAUUGCCCCAGAUCAUCAAGUCAUGCAGGAAGAUAUCGACGAAUGUGACCUAUCUUCAGAUGUUUGCCGUAACGGAAACUGUACAAACACUGAUGGAAGCUACUACUGCACUUGUAAUGAGGGUUUUGAAGGAACAGGAAACGAUUCUUGCUCAGAUAUCAAUGAAUGCCUCGGAGCUCAAAAUUGCAAUCAGACGUGCAUCAACUCACCGGGAAACUACUCGUGUUCUUGCCUUCCUGGGUUUCAGCUUCAUGAUGAUGGGCUCACAUGCAAUGAACUUGAUGAGUGUGAAUCUAAUCCAUGUGCUAAUGGUGGGACCUGCACGGAUGGAAUCAACAUGUAUAACUGCACCUGCGCUCCUGGUUAUACUGAAUUCAAUUGCUCAACAGAAAUUCCCACAACCCAAGGAACGCCUCUGUCAACAGUAAUAGAAUCAACGGCAGCUACCGAAACCACGCAACCCACUACUCCAACGCCGCAAGGCCAAACCGAUUUUUCCAGUACAACUUCUACAUCAACUAUGGAUUCAGCUAGAACUGCAACAACUGGUCUAACCACAACAGAAGAAGAUGGCGAAACCAUGGCUACGAGAGGACCAACGACUGAAGGAACAGGAGAUGAAUCAACCACAUAUAAGACAACCUCCUCUUCUUCUGAAGUCGAACAAUUCACGAGCUACAUAAGGAUUGAGAUCACAGCCAACAGACGAAACGACAGUCGUCUUGAAUUCUCAGAAGAACUUGAAGACCAAAACUCAGAUGCCUUUAUGAAACUGGAAACUAUCUAUUGCGGUGUGACUACAACCUAUUUGAGGAUGAACCUAAAUUCGCCUCAACUAACCAGCAUUACAUGUGACGUACUCUCAUUCCGAAACGGUAGCGUGAUCGGUGACCUUCUGAUUACUAUCGAGGCCACAUCGCAGGCAUCGGCAGAUAGUAUUGGUGGAGAAGCCGCUGAGCUGAGUCCUGGUAACGGGACUUAUACAUAUCUCAAUGAGAACCUCUAUGUUGCAGAAUUCGCCUCAGAUAGUAGUGAUAGCUGUGAAAGCAAUCCGUGCCAAAAUGGAGGAACUUGCGCAGAUGGAUUCAAGACAUUUACAUGCGCAUGUCCAACGGAUUACACAGAGGAGGACUGUUCGAGAGACUCUGGUAGAAGUGGCUUAUCACUUGGUGCUAUAAUAGGCAUCAUAAUUGGUGCUAUGUCAGGAGCACUUUGUUUCGUAGUAUGUACAUGCUUUAUCAUGCUUCAUACAGUGCGUAGGAAUCAAGCAAAUAAGAUUAUGAUGGGAGAAAGGAGACGUAAUGAAUACCGCUCGGAGCACAGGGGUAUCUUUGAUGAGGUGUGGUCAGAGCCUUCAUCGGACGAUCGGUCGUUAGACUUUUCUAUUGGUCGACGGCAAUUUGAAAUCAGUCAGGCCGUGGAUCGCAUCAGACGUUACCAAGGCAUUGACAGACCCAUGGUAGAGAGAAAUUAUUAUCAAAGAUCUGAUGGCUUUGAUAACUUUACAGUUCCUUAUGUGACCGAUGGACAGAGCAGUACUGAUAGCGCUGUUGAACGAAAUCCGAUGCACUACAGAUACAACUAAAGCUUCUCACGUGACUUCUGCAAACUAGCCAAUC